AUGCUUGGUGGAACUCAUGCUACCGGGAAAUUUAUGGCGAUCAAGGCGGACCAGACGCACUACACAGUGGACUCGUUGAAAACGCCAGUUGGAGUGGUCAAGCGUGCUGCUUUACGCAUGGACGAUACGCCUGUUAUUAGCACCGAUGUGACCGAUGUAUUAGCGCAUUUUAAAGUAUCUUCCUAUUGA